AUUACAUGAAGAAUUCCGUAAUAUUAUUCUAAACUGUGAAUUUUCAAUGUGAAUCUCGAUUUGACUAUGCUUCAAUCGGAAGUCUAUAUACAUCCCAAGCUCGGAUUUUUGACAGAAAAUGAGUCAGAGGUAAAUCAAUGGAGAGUGCUGUUAAGUUGGCGUUCUAUAUCACGGUAUGCUGCAUUGCUUUUGUUACAUCAAAGGUCGUCAUCUCAUUUUUUUGCUACAAAAGAUGGAGGCAAAAGCAACAGCUAGUUUACGAAGACGGCUUGUCGGGAGGGAAGAUGGUGAUGUUCAGGAACUCAAUGAUGCAGUCCUUCACAUCGGAGUCGUUCAUGAAGAAGACGCUGAAGCUGAGUAACAAGGAUGUCAUCGGCUCAGGAGGAUAUGGGACAGUUUAUAAGCUGGUGAUAAAUGAAUCCAUGGCUUUUGCUGUUAAAAGGCUCAACAAGGGGUCUUCAGACAGGGACAGAGGAUUCGAGAGAGAAUUGGAGACUAUGGGUGAUAUAAAGCACCGGAACAUUGUUACCCUCCAUGGAUAUUGUACAGCCCCGCGUCACAAUCUCCUUAUAUACGACCUCAUGCCUAAUGGAAGCUUAGAUGCAGUUCUUCAUCGCAAAUCGAUGAAUAAGAAGCUCCUUGACUGGCCUGCAAGGUAUAAGAUAGCAGUUGGAGCUGCGAGAGGAAUAUCCUAUCUCCACGACGAUUGCAUCCCACACAUAAUUCACAGGGACAUAAAGUCGAGCAACAUACUGUUGGAUCAGAACAUGAAUGCCCGGGUUUCUGAUUUUGGACUCGCCACGCUGAUGGAGCCGGACAAGACUCAUGUCUCAACUUUCGUAGCAGGAACUUUUGGCUACUUAGCACCUGAGUACUUUGAUACAGGGAGAGCGACAGCAAAAGGAGAUGUUUACAGCUUUGGAGUUGUUCUGCUCGAACUUCUGACAGGCAAAAAGCCAAUGGAUGAAACUUUUUUGGAGGAGGGGACCAAGCUUGUUACAUGGGUGAAAUCAGUUGUGGAAGACAAAAGAGAAGAAUAUGUACUCGACAGCAGCUUGGAAUGUUGUCCAGUCGAUGAGAUUAACAAUAUGUUUGGUAUCGCAUUGAUGUGCCUCGAACCUGAACCCUCAAGAAGGCCCACAAUGGCUGAGGUUGUCAAGAUGCUUGAGCAGAAAAAGCCGGAGAAGUUUGUAAAUGGAUAUUAAUGUCGUGCUAUAGUCUAUUUACUCGAGGAAAGCUACUUAUCAAUUCUAUUUCAUUAUCAUCUUUUUCGA